UUAAUUUCUUUUUUCUCGGACAUAGACCACUUACGAAAGCCUGUACGAUUCGUUCGUAUUUUCCUCGGUCUUGCCCUCUUGGCCAAAAGUAGAUAGGAGUCUUGAUGGUGGUUAGAUUAUCAUUAAUAAUUUAGAAUUCGUUUACAUAGUAACAAGAGCCCUUAUUUUUACAAUGGCCGUUGCUGCUAGGGCACUCACAAAAUUGACAGUCAGCAGACCAAGCAGUCUGAUUCGUACAUCUGUCAGGUUCAACUACACAGAAACGAGGAAAAACUUGAAGAUUGACUCGAAUACUAAAGUAAUAUGCCAAGGAUUCACUGGUAAACAAGGAACUUUCCAUUGUCAACAAGCAAUAGAUUAUGGAACGAAAAUUGUUGGUGGUGUUAGCCCUAAAAAAGCCGGCACUGAACAUUUGGGCAGGCCAGUAUUCAAGUCUGUUAGAGAGGCUAAAGAGGCUACUGGAGCUUCAGCCUCCGUAAUUUAUGUUCCUCCCCCAUCAGCUGCAGCUGCAAUCAUGGAAGCACUUGAUGCUGAGAUGCCCCUAAUUGUUUGUAUUACUGAAGGAAUUCCUCAACAUGACAUGGUUAAAGUUAAACGACGGUUAUUAGAACAAAAUAAAUCUCGUCUUAUAGGUCCAAACUGUCCUGGAAUUAUCGCUCCAGAACAGUGUAAAAUUGGAAUCAUGCCGGGUCAUAUUCAUCAAAAAGGAAAAGUUGGAAUUGUCUCUAGAUCUGGAACUUUAACUUAUGAAGCUGUAAAUCAGACAACACUCACAGGUUUAGGACAAUCAUUGUGUGUUGGUAUUGGUGGUGAUCCGUUUAAUGGUACUGACUUUAUUGACUGCUUGGAAGUAUUUUUAAAUGAUCCUACCACAUCUGGAAUAAUCAUGAUCGGUGAAAUUGGUGGUAGUGCUGAAGAGUCUGCUGCUGAAUAUCUUACUAAACAUAAUCAUGGUCCAUCAGCUAAACCUGUAGUAUCAUUCAUUGCUGGAGUCACUGCUCCACCAGGACGUCGAAUGGGUCAUGCAGGUGCUAUUAUUUCAGGAGGUAAAGGCGGAGCUCAGGAUAAAAUCAACGCACUUGAAAAGGCUGGCGUAAUAGUAACGAGAAGUCCCGCACAAAUGGGUCGAGAACUGCUGAAAGAAAUGGUUCGCCUGGGUCUUCAUUCACUUUAAAUUCAAGACUUCUUUGUAAAAUGAUGUAGUUGUACUUGUCCAUAUAUCCUCUAAAAUAAUUAUUAACGUACUAUCACACAAUGCAAAGAAAUAAACGAUAAGAGGAAAAAUGUUGACACGAAAUUGGAAUAAAAUAAAAUGUAAUAGAUUCAACAAGUUAAAUUUUAUUAAAAGGAUAUAUUUAUCAAAUAUAUAUAUGUAUACAUAUAUAAAUGUGUAAAGAUGUGUCAACAACGUUGUUCAUGAAAAAAAUAUAAAAAUUGUACAGUGUUCACAAAGUUUGUGAAUCAUUAUUGAAAGUAAUUCAAUGUUGUUGGUAGUUUCACGCUUUUAACAUUGUGGAACUUAAUUUUACAAAAAUAUUACAUCAAUUUUUAAUUGAUUUUGCCACAAACUACUCAAUCAUCCACAGAGCAUAUUUCUAUGUACUGUUAUUAAAUAACAAUGCGCUUAUUGUAAGUAACGUUGAAGAAAUAAAUAAACCUAUUAAAAUGCGAUUUAAUUUUAUAACCAAAUAA